UUACAGACACACACCACAACAAUAUUGUGCAAACGGAGAAUUAUCGCUUCAUACUCAUUGAUAAUAGGAUUAGCCUACUCCAGAUUAGGCUACGUGAAAACAUCUGGCAUUCCAUACAACCGCGGCGGUGAAGAAUAAUGGAUCAUUCACACUAAAUCAGCAUCGUUGAUCAACGCGCUAGUCAGCUGACUACACCGGUGAGCGCUUUCCCUUCUGAGGAUUGGAUAAGCUACACUCAUGUAACGCUUACCAUUUGAACGCAGCUGGGAUGUCAGGGUUAUGAAGGAAACAUGGGUGUUACGCUUGUUUAUAUGCUACAGUCUAGCGCUACGAUAAUGAACAGUUGGUUUGUCAGUGUUCAAUAGUUUAUUGCACUCUUGGAUUCAGAAAGGGAAAACUCGACGCCGCGCGGUCAUGUCUGACAACCCGCCGUAUUUACACUUCUGUCGACGUCUAAGUUAUGCGGUGGGACAUUUCCUUAACGACUUGUGUGCCUCUAUGUGGUUCACCUACCUACUGGUGUACUACCACUCAGUACUAGGUUUUAAGAACACAUACGCAGGGGUCCUUCUUUUAGUCGGUCAAAUCGCAGAUGGAGUUUGUACGCCACUCAUUGGUUAUGAGUCGGAUCGUACGGCAGGAUGUGGGACUUACGGGAAAAGGAAAACAUGGCAUUUAGUCGGCACAGUGAGUGUGUUGGUGUCAUUUGCCUUCGUCUUUAACCAGUGCAUUGGCUGCGAUGACAGCACGCCACAGUGGGCCGGUGUGGUCUACUUCCUUCCCUUCAUUGUGAUCUUCCAGUUUGGUUGGGCGGCCACUCAAAUCUCCCACCUGUCACUUAUCCCCGAACUCGUGACCUGCGAGUAUGCCAAGGUGGAACUCACUGCCUUUAGGUAUGCGUUUACAGUGGUGGCAAACAUCACCGUCUUCGGUGCGGCCUGGGUUCUCUUCCACCUGCAGGAGGAGAAUACGGACGACCUGGGCCCAGCUGAUAUUCCUGUUUUCAGAAACUUGAGUCUGCUGGUGCUGGGCAUUGGGGCGGUCACCUCGCUGCUCUUCCACGUGGGCACGCGUGAGAAGAGCUUCGCCACAGGCGUCUCGGAGCCCGGCGAGCGCCAACCUCUCCUCAUCAACACUCCCAAGCCUCCCACAGACCGGCUGCAGUGGAAAUGCUGGCUUCGGCAGCCGUCCUUCUACCAGGUGGCCUUCCUCUAUAUGUCGACCAGGCUCAUAGUCAACCUCUCCCAGACGUAUGUCUCCAUGUAUCUCACCAACACUCUCAUGCUCCCCAAGAACUACAUCGCCACCAUUCCUCUGGUCAUGUAUGUCAGUGGGUUCGCCUCAUCCUUCAUCAUGAAGCCUGUCAGCAAGCUGAUUGGCAAAAGUUUGACCUACUUCAUUGGGCUGCUGCUGAUCAUGGCGUUCGCCUACUGGGUGCUGCUGGACACCCACAUGGGCUCGGCCGUGUACGGGGCGGCCGUCCUGCUGGGAGCCGGCUCCGCCACCAUCCUCGUCAUGUCGCUCUCGCUGACCGCUGACCUCAUCGGCGACCAGACGCAAAGUGGAGCAUUUGUGUACGGAGCUAUGAGUUUCACUGACAAGGUGGCCAAUGGUUUGGUUGUCAUGGUGAUCCAGGGCCUCCAUCCAUGCCACACAGAGGUGUGCUGCCCUGACUGUGUGUGGUUCUACCACUACGUGAUGGUGGGCGUGACUGGAGGGGUGGCCGUCGCUGCUACGCUGUGUCUCUGCUCUCUGCUCAUCUGGCCCAUUAGCCUUCGACACCCUGACAAAGGACAACCUGUAGUCAACAAUGAGCCAAACGGAUUGCCGGUCAUUAACGGGCUGAUGGGUUCUGAUGGCCAGGAGCCUGAUGGGCAAGAAUCUGAUGAAACCUCAGAUCAUGCUUCAUUUACCUGACGUGGAAUGACUGGAACCAUUAAGGGAACCUUUUGGGAACCAUAAGCCAGUUUGUGUGUUCAGACAUGCAGUGCCUCUUUUAAGAAUGUCCUGUGUAUAUAUUUAAUGGAGUAUAGAUAGGAUAGACAUGGUUUUAUUUUAUAAUUGUUGUUUUAUAUAUAUGUUGUUAUGCUCAUAAGUUUAUGAACCCAUGCUGAAGUUCACUAAAAAAGAGGAAUAAAAAAAUAUAUAUUUUGUAAAUGCUUAAAGUGCCUUAAUGCCUUCAUUUAAAAAGAUUAGGAAAAAUCCAACUUUCAAGGACACCAAUUUUCUUUGUGAAUGAAUAAUGUAAAUAAAUAAAUAAAUGCUCUUCCUUACAAAUACAGGGGGAGUAAGUAUUCACACCCCUAUGUUGAAUUCCCAUAUAGACAGGCAGAUCUUUAUUUUUAAAGGCCAGUUAUUUAAUGAAUCCAGGAUACUAUGCAUCCUGAUCAUACACCCUUCCCCAUACCUACAGAUUGGCAUGGUGUUUAUUUCAGUUAGUUUAAUAGCUGCAUAGCUGCAUAGAUUUGCAUCGAGAGAUGAUUUUAUGGUAUCUUCAUGCCAAUCUGUAGGUAUGGUAAUUUCCAAAAGACAUUUUUUUUUAUUCUUUUUAGUUGAAUUUAGUAUGGGUUCAUAAACUUAAGAGCACAAUUGAUUUCAGAAUUCACUAAAUUGGACCAGAGGUAAUGAGAGAAAUAAAAUAGUGUCAAAACUUUAAAAAGGGAGAUCAGGAGAUUGUAAUGGUGAGAUAUUUAAUCUCACAGAGCACACUCAAUCUCAAAUGAAAAUGAUUCUCAGGCCAGAUAUACUGUAGCACUGAGAUUAUUUUUGUGAAAACUAAAAACAAAAACUGAAAACUAAAGGGAAUCACAUGGCACAUCAGGGCAUAGUUUAUGUUAAACAUAUAAACAACUGUACAAUAAUUGACAAUCUGCACUAAACUAAAGAUUGUGAAAUAAAA